CUAUCUCAAGCAAAAAAAAAAAAAAAACCAACCAGAGAGAUGAUCUAAAGCUCUCUCAAUCAAUUCCAACACAAAAAUGGAAACUUCUAGAAACUCCACCAACUCAUUACUCUUCCAAUGGUUAGGUCUUCUAGAAGAUUCUGAUCAGCCUCCUGAUUCUACCCAUCCUCGAGUCAUAACCCUUCUCGCUUCUAUCCUUGAGAAGAUGAUUCAGAAGCACAAAAAACCAUUCCACAGAAGACACAACAAGGAUGAUGAGAUCACUAUGUUCCAUGGCUCAAAAGCACCAUCGAUGAUUAUUUAUCGAUACACAGAAAGAAUCCAUAGGUAUGCUCAGUGUAGCCCUGCGUGCUUCGUUGCAGCUUUUGCUUACAUCCUUAGGUAUCUACGGAGACCAGAGGCUACAAGUAAGGAUCGUCGUCUCACAUCACUCAACGUUCAUCGUCUUCUCAUUACCAGUCUCUUGGUGGCAGCAAAAUUCUUGGACCGCAAGUGUUAUAACAACGCAUAUUAUGCGAAAAUCGGAGGAGUGAGCACUGAAGAGAUGAAUAGGCUGGAGAGAACGUUCUUGUUCGAUAUUGAUUUCAGACUAAAUAUUACAACGGAGACUUUCGAGGAACACUGUCUCAUGUUGCAGAAUGAAACGAUGCCUUGUGAUUCAAGAAAACUUAGAACAGCUCUUGGAGAGAUAGCUUGUGGCUGCCAAGCGAUUUGAUAUAACAAAACUCAAAAAGAGGGGAAAAAAACAUUGGUUAGAUCUUCUUUUCUUCAGUUUAUUGUCAAACUAAUGUGUUUUGUCAUGAGCAAGAACUAAAAUCUAAUUAAGUUU